AGCUCGGUCUGCUGCCGAACCGGGAGGUGUACAACAUCUUGCUGGCUGGGCUCGCGAAGAGCAGGCCGCUUCCGGAGCUGCUAGGGUUCUAUAACGAGAUGGUUCGUGGUUGCCUCCGUACGACGAUACCCGUGCGCGGAUCGGAUGCCGCCGCCGGCGGCGGCGGCACCGCCGCGGUGGAGAUCCCUCCGGGGGCUGUACGGCAGCCGCCAUUGACACCCGACCAUUAUACCUUCAAUGCUCUACUCACCGCCGCCGCGCACCACAUGACCGACCUGGCCACCCUGGACCGCAUCCGACGGGAGAUGGCGCGAGUCGGCUGUUUGCAUGCUGCUGCUGAUGAUGAUGAUGUGCUGCGAGCGACGACACGACAGAUGUAA